CACACACACGCACACACACGCACACACACACACACACACACACACACACACACACACACACACACACACACACACACACGCACACACGCAUAGGGGAGACGGAGCCAGAAAGCAAGCUGUGACUCUCUCUCCACCUCUCAGCUGCUCGCCUAAAGCCAGACAGACACUCGUCCACACGGCCAAGGGACGGACAGUGCAGGACGCGGAGAAGUCGGAGCAGGACUCGCACCUUUCUGCCAUGUGGCCACCAAGAGCGUCUAGUGACAGACCCCAGAUGAUGACUACACAUCACUGCCACUGGGGGGGCCCAGCAGUGCAGCUCCUGUCCCUCAUCCUCCUGCAGCCGACCUACCUGUGCCUUGACGAGACCUUACUUCCAGUGCCCCCCCGGGCGGCUAACGCCUCGCAGGGCCUGCCGGGGGCCAUUGUCAUCGGUGUGCGGAAGGGCGGCACCCGGGCCCUGCUGGAGAUGCUGGACCUGCACCCGGAUGUGGCGGCUGCCCCGACAGAGGUGCACUUCUUCGACCUGGAUGAGAACUACCGGCGUGGGCUGGACUGGUACCGGGCUCAGAUGCCCGCCUAUCUCCCGGGUCGGCUGACGGUGGAGAAGACACCGGGUUACUUUGCGUCGCCUAAGGCUCCGGCACGAGUGUGGCACAUGGACCGGGCCAUGCGGCUGCUGCUUAUCGUCCGUGACCCGGUCCAGCGGCUCGUCUCGGACUACACGCAGGUGCUCCACAACCGGCAGCUACGCAAGAAGCCUUAUCCGGCGCUGGAGGAGCUGCUUCUGCGCCAGGGCCGGGUCAACCCUGGCUACCGUGCUCUCCAGCGGAGCCUGUACCACCUGCACCUGCACCGAUGGCUGGCCCACUUCCCCAGGGCCCAGAUCCACGUGGUGGACGGCGAUGCCCUCGUCCGUGACCCCCUCCCUGAGCUGAAGAGGACUGAGCUCUUCCUGGGGCUGCCGGCACGCAUCGGAGCUGCCAACUUCUACUUCAACGCCACGAAGGGAUUCUACUGUCUUCGCCCCCCCGGCGGCCAUGACAGGUGCCUGGAUGAGUCCAAGGGCCGUGCCCACGCCCCACUGGCUACCGCGGUACUCCACGCCCUCUGCCGAUUCUUCAGGGAGCCCAACCACGCAUUCUUCCGUUUGGUGGGUCGCUCCUUCGACUGGUGCUGACGUACUGCCUUUCAUCGUCUACCAGUCGUCGAUGAAGAAAGGCAGUAAGGCGAAGCCCAUUCAGAGACCCUUAGCCCCGAGGACCACCAGCUGUUGGUAUGUCUGUAUAAAACACAGAGGGUCCAUUCGCAAGCCUCGACUUCGGGGGAUAAGAGAAACGGCGAAGUGUCUGGGUCACGUCCUGUGGCAAGCCGGUGUUACUCUUUAGACCUGAAUGGCGUCUGAGUGUUCAGGACGGAAACUGUCUAGUCGUUUUUCGAGUCCCUUCCCCCUUUAUGCCUCUGCGUUGCCCAGCAAGACUACAAGACAACAUUGUAAACUUCAUCACAGAGCACAAAGUGCAGCAGUUCUGGAAUUAUUUAAUAAUGCUGAGGCCAGCCAGCUGACAUGUGCAAUUGUAUACAAGGACAUGCAAUGAGGAGUCCAGCUUGUGCUCGCAGACAAGUGAAGAGGCAGCCGUACUUCUCUGAUGUCAGACAUGACCUCUGUUUCUGUCGUAUCCUCCUCGGAACGUCCAGAAUGGCAGAGCCGACUGCUGAGGCUUCAUAACAAACUGACUCACAGAUUCACACAAAGACACUGAUAUUGGACAAUGAGCAUCUGCCUUGACCUGCAAGUCUGUAAUAAUUGGGGAAAAGAUCUGAGAAGGAACGCAAAGUACAAUCAUCCAUUGACUUACACCCUAGCAAGUAACGUCCGAUCAUACUUACGUCCGCGGUCCCAGAGCCUUAGUAAAAAUUGUCGAGAGACGUCUGAAGCAGAUGGCGUGCACGUUUACAUAAAUUCAUGCGAUAUUGUAGCUUAUGUUAUACAGCAUACUUGACCUUUGCCCUAUAAUGAUCGAAAUGCAUCCACAAUUUCGGAACAUAACCAGGACCUAAUAACGAUAUAAAAUAAUAGCAUAAAGUAUUCAUUUAAAGGGAAUUUAAACCUUUUACACGAGAGACUGUAGGUGUAACAGGUGUCUGUUACAUUACUAGGUAAGAUAUACUAGUUAUGGUAGUGAUACUGUCCUUCACCUGGUGGGAUAUGAACCAGCAACCUUCAGGAUCUAAGACUGUGUUAUGAUCCACCUUGUUCACUUGAUCACAGUUCCAUGGGUUGUUGGUUUGUGCAGAGUAAAUGAGUGGACAUAAAACUACAGGCGGGGGUGCCUUGGGGGGGCGGGGGGUAGUUAGGACGAUUGCAAGAUUUGCAAAUUGGAUUGGUCUUGGUUGGAGCCUAAAAUCUCUAGCAGUGUCUGUGAUUACAGAUCAACCCAGUUUACAUUAUAAUUGCACCACAUGUUGACAAAAUGUUUCAGAGUGUACUUUUCAUAUUUUUACAUUGUAUAAUUGCAGUGAUGUUCGUAACUGUCACUGCAGCCCUGUACCCAUUCAGUGGGCGUGGAAAAUGGAUCCGUGUACAGCUGUCAGGUUUGCGUUCGUCUGCAUGUUAUCUGCCAAACAUCAUGUCGGAUAAUAGUUUCGUGUAGCAAACGUUUUGUCGAUGAACACUCUUAACCCCCCUCCCCCCAAAAAAAAGAAUAAACAAACAAGCAAAU